GGACUCCCUGGCCCCCCCGGCAGAGAUGGCAUCCCUGGACAGCCUGGCCUCCCGGGACCCCCAGGCCCUCCAGGACCUCCAGGCCUCGGCGGAAACUUCGCUCCUCAAAUGUCUUACGGCUAUGACGAGAAAUCGGCUGGCGUGGCGGUGCCCGGCCCCAUGGGCCCUGCUGGUCCCCGUGGUCUCCCCGGCCCUCCUGGUGCUCCUGGCCCUCAAGGUUUCCAAGGUCCCCCUGGUGAACCCGGCGAGCCUGGUGCCUCUGGACCCAUGGGCCCCCGCGGCCCCGCUGGCCCCCCUGGCAAGAACGGCGAUGAUGGUGAAGCUGGCAAGCCCGGCCGUCCUGGCGAGCGCGGCCCCCCUGGCCCCCAGGGCGCACGCGGUCUCCCCGGAACUGCUGGUCUGCCAGGCAUGAAGGGACACAGAGGUUUCAGCGGUCUGGAUGGUGCCAAGGGUGAGCCCGGCCCCGCUGGUCCCAAGGGCGAGCCUGGCAGCCCUGGAGAGAACGGUGCCCCCGGGCAGAUGGGUCCUCGUGGUCUUCCCGGUGAGAGAGGCCGCCCCGGUCCGUCCGGCCCCGCUGGUGCUCGUGGUAACGACGGUGCUCCCGGUGCUGCCGGUCCUCCCGGCCCAACCGGUCCCGCGGGUCCCCCCGGCUUCCCCGGCGCUGCUGGCGCUAAGGGAGAAACAGGUCCCCAAGGUGCUCGUGGCAGCGAAGGUCCCCAAGGUGCCCGUGGCGAACCCGGUCCCCCCGGCCCCGCUGGUGCUGCUGGUCCUGCUGGUAACCCCGGUGCCGACGGUCAGCCCGGUGCCAAAGGUGCCACGGGCGCUCCUGGCAUCGCCGGUGCCCCUGGUUUCCCCGGUGCUCGCGGUCCCUCCGGACCCCAAGGUCCCAGCGGUGCCCCCGGACCCAAAGGAAACAGCGGUGAACCCGGUGCUCCAGGCAACAAAGGUGACACCGGUGCCAAAGGCGAACCCGGCCCCGCUGGUGUGCAAGGCCCCCCCGGCCCCGCUGGUGAGGAAGGCAAGAGAGGAGCGCGCGGAGAGCCCGGCCCUGCUGGGCUGCCCGGUCCUGCUGGCGAACGCGGUGCUCCCGGCAGCCGUGGUUUCCCCGGUGCUGACGGCAUCGCCGGUCCCAAGGGCCCCCCUGGUGAACGCGGCUCCCCUGGUGCUGUUGGCCCCAAAGGAUCUCCCGGUGAAGCCGGACGCCCCGGAGAACCCGGUCUCCCCGGUGCCAAGGGUCUGACUGGAAGCCCCGGCAGCCCCGGUCCCGAUGGCAAGACUGGACCCCCGGGCCCCGCUGGUCAGGAUGGCCGCCCCGGCCCCCCCGGCCCCCCCGGAGCCAGAGGUCAAGCCGGCGUGAUGGGUUUCCCUGGUCCCAAAGGUGCUGCGGGUGAGCCUGGCAAACCCGGCGAGAGAGGAGCUCCCGGCCCCCCUGGCGCUGUUGUGAGUAUUCCUGGGGAUGGAUCCAUGGGGCCAGAAAACCAGGCGGGGUUUGGGGCCGGUGGAUGUGGUGGCCACCAGUUUGGGCUGGCAGCUGCCAGCGGCUCGGGAUCCAGGGCAGCGGGGAGGGGUGACCGCGGUGAGCCCGGCCCCCCCGGUCCUGCUGGAUUUGCUGGCCCUCCUGGUGCCGACGGCCAGCCUGGUGCUAAAGGUGAAACUGGGGAUACCGGAGCCAAGGGUGAUGCUGGUCCCCCCGGCCCCGCCGGCCCCACUGGUGCUCCCGGCCCUGCCGGUGCUGUUGGUGCUCCCGGUCCUAAAGGCGCUCGAGGAAGCGCUGGACCCCCUGGUGCUACUGGUUUCCCUGGUGCUGCUGGAAGAGUUGGUCCACCCGGCCCCUCUGGUAACAUCGGCCUUCCCGGCCCCCCCGGCCCCAGCGGCAAGGAAGGUGGCAAGGGACCCCGUGGUGAGACCGGCCCCGCUGGUCGCCCUGGUGAACCCGGCCCUGCUGGCCCCCCCGGACCCCCCGGCGAGAAAGGCUCUCCUGGCGCUGACGGCCCCAUUGGCGCUCCCGGCACCCCCGGACCCCAAGGUAUCGCUGGUCAGCGUGGUGUUGUCGGUCUCCCUGGACAGCGAGGCGAGAGAGGCUUCCCUGGUCUGCCCGGCCCCUCUGGCGAACCCGGCAAGCAGGGUCCCUCAGGUUCCCCUGGUGAACGCGGUCCUCCCGGCCCCAUGGGCCCCCCCGGCCUGGCUGGCCCCCCUGGUGAAGCUGGACGUGAGGGUGCUCCCGGUGCUGAAGGUGCCCCCGGUCGUGACGGUGCUGCUGGUCCCAAGGGUGACCGUGGUGAGACCGGCCCUGCCGGCCCUCCUGGUGCUCCCGGUGCCCCCGGUGCCCCCGGCCCCGUCGGUCCUGCUGGCAAAAAUGGAGAUCGUGGUGAGACCGGCCCCGCUGGUCCCGCCGGCCCCCCUGGUCCUGCUGGUGCUCGUGGUCCUGCUGGUCCCCAAGGUCCUCGUGGUGACAAAGGUGAAACCGGUGAACAGGGUGACAGAGGCAUGAAGGGGCACAGAGGCUUCUCCGGUCUCCAGGGCCCACCCGGUCCUCCUGGUGCUCCUGGUGAACAAGGUCCUUCCGGUGCUUCUGGUCCCGCUGGUCCACGAGGUCCUCCUGGCUCUGCUGGUGCUGCCGGCAAAGACGGUCUCAACGGGCUGCCCGGCCCCAUUGGCCCCCCCGGCCCCCGCGGUCGCACCGGUGAAGUCGGCCCCGUUGGUCCCCCCGGCCCACCCGGCCCCCCAGGUCCUCCCGGCCCCCCCAGCGGCGGCUUCGACUUCAGCUUCCUGCCUCAACCACCCCAAGAGAAGGCGCACGACGGCGGCCGCUACUACCGAGCCGACGACGCCAACGUGAUGCGCGACCGCGACCUGGAGGUGGACACCACCCUGAAGAGCCUGAGCCAACAGAUCGAGAACAUCCGCAGCCCCGAGGGCACCCGCAAGAACCCGGCCCGCACCUGCCGCGACCUGAAGAUGUGCCACGGCGACUGGAAGAGCGGCGAGUACUGGAUUGACCCCAACCAGGGCUGCAACCUUGACGCCAUCAAGGUCUACUGCAACAUGGAGACGGGCGAGACGUGCGUCUACCCCACGCAAGCCACCAUUGCCCAGAAGAACUGGUACCUCAGCAAGAACCCCAAGGAGAAGAAGCACGUCUGGUUCGGCGAGACGAUGAGCGACGGCUUCCAGUUUGAGUACGGUGGUGAGGGCUCCAACCCGGCCGACGUUGCCAUCCAACUGACCUUCCUGCGCCUGAUGUCCACCGAGGCCACCCAGAACGUCACCUACCACUGCAAGAACAGCGUCGCCUACAUGGACCAGGACACCGGCAACCUGAAGAAGGCUCUGCUGCUCCAGGGCGCCAACGAGAUCGAGAUCAGGGCCGAAGGAAACAGUCGCUUCACCUAUGGGGUCACCGAGGACGGCUGCACG